GCGGCGGCCGCGGCAGCCUUGUCUCUCCCUCCUCCUCCCAGGAGAGGAGCGCUCGCCUCCGCAGAUGGUACGAGCUGAUGAUGGAGAACAAGGAGGAGCUGGCGCGGAUCAUCACGGCCGAGAACGGAAAGCCUCUGAAAGAAGCACAGGGUGAAAUCGUGUAUUCAGCCUCGUUUCUGGAGUGGUUUGCGGAGGAGGCUCGACGGAUUUACGGUGAUGUUAUUCCAGCAUCUGCAAAGGACAGAAGAGUCCUGGUGCUGAAGCAGCCAGUAGGAGUGGCAGCCAUUAUAACCCCUUGGAAUUUUCCCAGCGCUAUGAUUACCCGAAAGGUUGGUGCAGCUCUGGCAGCUGGCUGUACAGUGGUGGUGAAACCUGCAGAGGACACACCUUUAUCAGCAUUAGCUCUUGGGGAGCUUGCAAACCAGGCUGGAAUCCCAGCAGGAGUGUAUAAUGUUGUCCCUUGUUCCAGACAACAGACAGCAGCUGUAGGGGAAGUUCUAUGCACUGAUCCAUUGGUAUCCAAAAUAUCUUUUACUGGCUCUACAGCAACAGGAAAGAUCUUGCUGAAACAUGCAGCUGGCACUGUGAAGAGAGUUUCCAUGGAGCUUGGAGGACAUGCUCCUUUUAUUGUGUUUGACAGCGCCAACGUGGAUCGGGCUGUUGCAGGAGCCCUUGCUUCUAAGUAUAGAAACUCAGGACAGACUUGUGUUUGCACAAACCGUUUCCUGGUGCAAAAGGGAAUUCAUGAUGAAUUUGUGGAAAAGUUGGCUAAAGCUAUAGAGAAAGAACUACAUGUUGGAAAUGGAUUUGAUGCAAAAACUACCCAAGGACCACUUAUAAAUGAAAAAGCAGUGGAGAAGGUAGAGAAACACAUUAAGGAUGCAGUUUCUCAAGGAGCAUCAAUUGUGACUGGAGGGAAACGACACAGCUUGGGGAAGAAUUUCUUUGAGCCCACAUUACUUACUAAUGUUACAACAAAAAUGCUUUGCACCCAAGAGGAGACAUUUGGCCCUUUGGCACCAGUUAUCAGAUUUGACACUGAAGCAGAAGCUGUUGCUAUAGCAAAUGCAGCUAAUGUGGGUUUAGCAGGAUACUUCUACUCCCAAGAUCCAGCUCAGAUCUGGAGAGUUGCAGAGCAGCUGGAAGUUGGAAUGGUUGGUGUUAAUGAAGGCAUAAUCUCGUCAGUGGAAUGUCCUUUUGGUGGGGUAAAGGAGUCUGGCUUAGGGCGAGAAGGUUCAAAAUAUGGCAUCGAUGAAUACUUAGAAAUAAAAUAUGUCUGCUUAGGAGGAUUAUAAAAGCCUUCAAACAGCACAGUCCCCACAAUUUGGGAAAGGGUGCUGUUGUUUUAAUAAGCUUCUUGAGCCAGAAAUAUGAUGAAUGCAACUUCUACCUUCUUUAGAACUAAUCAACCCUGUCCUGUGUGUGUAUAGAUAUCUACAGUAUUCUGUGCUGCCAAAUGUUUUUAUGUGGUCUUUGUUUAUACAUCCAGUUUUUCAGCAAUAUGAUCACAAUGUCCAUUAUUUUUAGUAAUGAGUAGGGAUAUAUGUUUAUUGUUCUUGGAUUAUCCCUGUGUAACUGGGAAAACUUUGAGACUUGUGCAUAAUAAAAGCAGAUAGUAACCUAUCUAAACUAGACCACCAUUUUUUACUACAUUUAGUAUUUCAGUGUGGGUAAGGGAGGCUUUGGGAUGGCAGUCUUCCUUUAGAAUUUUGUGUAAAUACUCAGACUUUCUAAUGUGGUUAUGUGACCUCCUUUAGAAGCAAGUGUAUAGGGGGGUUGUUUCUUUUUUUUUUAAUUGUGGGAGAAUCUGCUGCUUACAAAAGGUGAGGAAUUGUUGUUGAGCUAAAUCUAGGCAUCCACAUAGCCUAACAGACAGGUUUUUCAGCACUGUUAAACAAACUGACUGCAGGGCUGCUGCCUGUUCAGCUUUAGGUUUUUGAGCAAAAAGGUGUAGUUUUUGCCUAACAGCUUGCAUGUCUAGGAUGAAGUAGAGCCCUUGUUUGAUGCCCGUUAGCCCCAGCAGUCCUGGGAAUAGGACAGUUCAGGACAAAGAAUUGCUGGCUUAGUGAGAAGCAGGAGGAAGAUAAGAUAUUCACAGGAACAGCUUGCAGAAUUGUAAGGGGAGACUAUAAGGGCUGUGUGAAGAAAACACAAGUGACAUGAUGAUACAGAUAAACUCUCUCCCUUCCAUGAAAAGACCAUGACUCUCCUUGGGUAGAAGUACAGUAUUUACCCUGAUGUAAAUAUUGCUCAAUGUCUAAAGGAACAUAACUCACCCCUUUCAAAGAAUAGGAGCAGAUAUCCAUCGCUGUGGGCUUUGUGCCUUGAAUUGGAUUUGUGGUUACACAGGUGAAGGUCCCUUAGGGAGGAAGGUUUAAAAACCUUUGAACAUGGCUCAUUUGUGACCUAAUAAAGAUUUAAAUAGUGGUGGUUAGAGGUGAGGCUUUGACACAUCACCUCACUAUUCUGUCAUCUUCAAAAGAUGAUGUAAGGCUUCCUCAGUAUGAAAUAAACAAUGUUGUUUAAAUAUUUUAAUGGCAGUCAAAAAAAGCACUUUAAAAAAUGUGCAGUGUAAAUUUGGUGAAUAAAUCAGCACAGCAGAGGUUAAAUGGAAUAAACUUUGUUUCUUGUGUUCAUUAAAAAUAAAUAAAAGAAGGCAACAGAGCCCUUCUUCUUAUAAAGUAAUGAAUGUACCCUAUGAAAUUAAAUAUUUUAAAAUAUUUUAUCGCAUCAGGCAAAGAGGUACCAGGUAACACAAGACUUGGUGAGGGAGGGAAUGCAAGCUGGAACCGAGUUUCACAGGGUUUUUUUUAAAGCGCACAUGAAGUAGCUUUGACUGCUACUCCUUAUUUUUAAAUAUUUUGUUAUGGUUGUAUUUGUGCAGCACUUGAGACCAGGUGGGUCUGGAGCACAUUAUCUGUCAUUACUGUGUGUAUCAUGCCAACUGAAGGGCAGUUAAAGGGGAUUUUCUGCCCUUCCAGUAAUUCCCAAUGCACCAAAUCCCCGUAUUUGUGGUAGUGAGGACUUAGUACUGUUAUCUGUGCUUGUUGUCAAGAACAUAAAAAGGAUGGCCUUGUUAUACUCUAGUUGCAAGAAACUUUCCUAUAGCCAACUUCUAAGAUGACACUACUGAGCAUACACAGGCUGCCUGAAUUUGGGGAAUACAGUGUUGUGGGAGAAAGCUGUUUGCCAGCCUUGGCUACCGCUGUGUUUAGUAUUAAUUGGAAAAAACAACUGGGUAGAAUAAGGUCAUGCCUUGGUUCCCGGCCUCCACAACACAAUGAUGCAGGCAUAGUUAAAGGUAUUGUACACAGAUAGAAUAUCUGCCACUGAAAUUCAAUUAUGUCUGCCUGUGAACUGCAGUAUAAGAUCAAAAUUAAAAUCAUCUUAUUUACACCUGUAUGACAAUGUAGUAUUUAAUGUGAGUGUACUUCUUGGGACAGUGCAGUUGGAGGAUAAAUAAUUUAACCUUUGCUCUCUUCACUGCAAAGUUACUGAUCUGAUGCACUGGUACAUUUAAAAUCUUUGUCUUUUCUGAUAGUAGCACUUCUAAUGAGUAUUAACUUUUUGUUUUGGCAAAUAAUACCUUUUACAAUGCCUGAUAACAAGCACAAACAAUAAUUAAAGAUAACGUUUGUAAGAAACUUAAAAAUAUCUUUGUCUAGAUUGGAUUGUGGUUGGAUUCCAGCAUAAGAUACUCAUGUCAGUAAAGUCUACAUCAGUUUAGCACAGAAUAAUCAAAGUAGUCUUCAUAGCAAAAGCUGGGAUCCUUCAACAAAAGACAUACUUGAAUUCUCACACAUCAAUUGUGUUGAUUGCACUUGUGAUAGUUUAGCAAUUUCUGGAUAUAAAAACUGUGAUUUAAAAAUGUUUUCAGUUAAUAAAUAACUUCUGUGAAAGCA